AACUAAAAUGAAAGCAUCUGAUGCAUCGCCGCCAUUUUGUUAUAUGUUGUUGAUAAAAUAUUUUUCUUUAAAAUUUGGCAACUGUCUCCAAAAGAAAAUGGUGGAAGAUUGUUGCUAUACUGAAGGAUAAUAAACUAGAUAAGAAAGCUAUCGUUCUGACAGUUUCGAUGUCUCCUGAUGAAGUUUAACUGUCAAUGAAAUAGAAAAACAUCUGGUAGAAUGGAUUUCAACAACGGCCUGUAUGUUUUCAAUGGUGUUCCUGGGCUCGAAACUUCUAAAGGCGAACGACUAGUGCCCUGUUCUAAUGUUAAUAUGAACAUGAGUAACUUGGGAUCAACUGACAUAGCGUCCGAAGUUGUUGUUUCGGACACUCGUGAAGUUGAAAUCGCCGAUAUCCUGGUCGGUAUGCCUGUUGAAACCCAAUUAACUGUAAGUGCUUCUGGUGAAGUCUCCGAAGAGCAACCCCUUAUAUCUUUGCAACCGUUACUGGAUGCUACUAGCCAAGGUAUUAUUCUUCAACCUCAAGAGGAAAUAGUCGGUGCUGAUUCGGAAUCGGAAGGUUUGUCUGCUUACGAACAGAUACCUGUGUCGGCGACUGAUGUAAUGCUAGAUACCAGUGCUGGUCCCACAAGCAAACGAGGCAGAAAAAGUAAAAAACUUGUUGGUAAAAACAAACUUACCGGUGAACAACUCACGGAAAAUAAACGAGCUGCCCGCAAAUGGGAUCGUAAACAAGUUCAAAUCAAAACACUUGAAGGAGAGUUUUCUGUUACUGUAUGGGCCUCUGGUAGUGAUGAUGACAAUAAAAAAGGUAUAUCUGUAGAUGAUUCCACUAAUCCUGAACCUGAUCCAGAUUAUACCGAAUACAUGACGGGAAAAAAAUCUUUACCUGGUGGUAUACCAGGUGUAGAUUUAAGUGAUCCAAAGCAGUUAGCGGAAUUUGCCAAAAUGAAGCCUCGUAAACAGAAUGAUGACAUUGCUAGGACAAUUGCCUGCCCUCAUAAAGGUUGCAACAAAAUGUUUAGAGAUAAUUCUGCUAUGAGGAAGCACCUGCAUACUCACGGUCCUAGAGUGCAUGUGUGUGCUGAAUGUGGUAAAGCAUUUGUGGAAAGCUCAAAACUUAAACGACAUCAGUUAGUGCAUACUGGAGAAAAACCGUUUCAAUGUACUUUUGAAGGAUGCGGGAAAAGAUUUUCUUUGGACUUUAAUCUCCGUACUCAUGUGCGUAUUCAUACGGGCGACAGACCUUAUGUUUGUCCUUUUGAUGAGUGUAACAAAAAAUUUGCCCAGUCAACUAAUCUCAAAUCCCAUAUUCUUACUCACGCGAAAGCUAAAUUUGAAGUAUUUGGUUGAAUUUAUAUAGGCAUAUUAUAAUUUGUUAAGUAAUUCUCUACACUUAUGUUGUAAAAUUAAUUUUUCUGAUAUUCAUCUGUGAAUUGUAAAGUUUUGUCAAAUAUGCUGUAUGCUAGAAUUUUAUACUGUAUAUAUUUAUACAUAUGAUUAAAUUAUUAAUCAGAUAAAAUACUAAUUCCUUAAUGAAAUAGAUAUUACCUAUAUAUACUAAUUUCUUAUAAUUAACAGCAUUUGUGUUGACUAUCUAGUUUUGACAAUUUCCAACUGAUAUUAAUUUUCAUAGAAAAAUAUAUUCAAUAACUAAUGCAAAUCUUGUGGAAAAUUUCGAGCACUUUUUGCGUUUUUUGGUAAAUUUGCUUUGUACAUGCAUAUGCAUUUACUGUCUUAAAAGCUAUAGUUUUUAGUAUUUUGUUAGUAGAUAUUGUUUAUUUUCUCUAUACAAUUUAGAGGUAGAUAUGCUAAAAAAAAUUUAACUUUUAGUGAAAAAGUUUUUUCGAUUUAGUCUAAAAUAUUUCAAAGUUUAUAUAAUACAAAAUUAAUUCUUCUUUGUUCUAGUUGUGUGAUAAUAUGUGAUAAGGUAAUUUCUACCUAAGUUUGUUUUAAAUGAGCUAUUAAUAUUUAGAUCUUAUUUGCUAGUUUUUAAGUUAGAAAUAUUCUUUAUAAGAGAUUUUAAACAAAUCUGCAUUUUUUUUUUAGAGCUAUUCAAUUAAUUUGUGCUGGAAAUGUGAAACUUAUACAAAUUUGUGAAAUAAUUCCUUCCCUAUACAUAUUGUUUGACAAUAGUUAAAUCCAUAAAAAUGGUCUUAACUUUUAUUAGGAAAAAUAAUCAUUUAAGAUAUUUCAAGCAGAGUGGAAAAAUAAUUUUUCAAGGAAAUUUUUAAAUUUGACUGCUAAUUUUUAUUAUUAUUAUUUUUUUUAAAAUGUUUUCUUUGGUAAUUCAUUGACAUUGUCGUAAUGCCAUUGCUAAUAGGCAUACUGGUAAAAAGGUAUUUUUCUGAAAAAAUUAAGAGGGCUGGGAAAUAUUUGCUUAAUUGUCAAAAUGGUUGCCAACUUUUAGCACCAAUUGCAGUAAGGCCGCAUUGCUUGAGCUUGAGACACUAAAAAAGAAAUCACAGAAGGGGGUGUACUAAAAGAGUUUUAUUCUUAACCACC